AUGGAUCUAACAAGUAAAUAUGAAAAGACCUUGACUGCAAUUGUGCCUAAUGUUGAAAAGAAAGAAGAAUCAGCGGCAAAAUUAGAAAACUACAAGCUCAGAAUAAUCGAUGGUUCCCGUUGUUGUUUGAAAUAUGGAAUUUUACUCCUGAUCGUCUCGAAGGAACGUCUUUUACUAAUAAUCGAAUGUGACCAACAAGAGGAGAAGAAGUUCGAAAUCGAUAAAGAUUUAAACGAUCGCAAAAGAAAUAUACUCGAUUUUUCCAUCGAAAAAAUAGUUUUCUUCAAAAUAAAUGAAUUGAUUGUCAGUGCAAUACAAUAUUAUUCUCUCGAAAAUCACGCAUAGGAUUAUGUCCAAUUAAUUCAGGAUUAUCCGCAAGCAUAAAAGGACUUGGCAAUUUUUCACAACGACGAAGUCAAAAGACGAAUAGACAUGCUUGAGGAUAUUCUUAAGGAGCUGCACAAGACUUACUAUCAAAGUAAUUGUAGACAAAUAUAGAUGGAACUCGGUGAGACAUAUUCAGAAAUUUUCGACAUUAAAUUAGAUUGUUUAUAGGCGAGUGACGAACGACUUACACCAAAUAUUCUGAAAAUAAUUAAUAUUUCCGAUUACAUUGUACGACCUGUAUUGAGAGCAUAUUUUCACGUUGGUAAACUGUAUAAUAAAUUUACAACACCUGAUAAACAGCAACAACUCGAGAAUGUGGAAAAAAGUUACAAUGUCUAUUUUUUCUUGGUGAAUUACUGCGAACGAAAUUCAAACGCCAAGGAAAUGAUGCACGUCGAACUGAGUGUCUGUAAUAAUUUUGUCAAAUUACUUUCAUUAAAAAUUCUAUUGUAA